AAAUAUUAAAGAGCACCCUUUUUCUAUUGCGUUCUAGGAUUUAACAAUUGGUUGUAUACCUUCUUCAGAAUGGAAUUCUUGGCCUAAAUUGAACAAGCUAAUGCACAUAGAUUUAAGUUGGAAUCUCUUGCAAAUGGACAUUUUAAGAUUUUUGGGUGCACUCCCAAAUCUUAAAUAUCUAGACCUAAGUUACAAUGAAAUGCAAGGGCCUCUUUCUAGCAAAGAACUGAGUAAUCUAAGAAAUUUGGAGGUACUCAUCGUGCGAGAGAAUCGACUCAAUGGAAGCCUACCAUUCAAGGAUAUGACAAAUUUCAGAAGUUUGGAGAUUUUAGAUAUGAGUGGUAAUAUGUUCACUGGAAUUCUUUCUCCAUAUGUUGGGACACUAUCUUCUCUCAACGCUAUAUCAUUAUCUCAAAAUAAACUCCAUGGGAAUUUACAUGCUAAAGAUUUGGGUAUGCUGAAGAAACUUGAAGAGUUAGAUCUUUCUGACAAUCACUUUGAAUGGAUCCUCCCUCCAUGCCUAAGUCGUUUGACAUCUCUUAGGUUAUUAGAUCUAUCUAAGAACCAAUUCAGUGGAAAUUUGUCUUCAUCUGUGAUAGCCAACUUGACAUCCCUUGAGUACAUUGAUCUUAGUUAUAAUAGUUUUGGGGGUUUAUUCUCAUUCAGUUCAUUUGCCAAUCACUCUAAGCUCAAAGUGAUUCGAUUUAAAGGUGAAAACUACCGGAUUGAAGACGGUAACAAAAUUGUGAGUGAAAGCAACACAUUUGAGAUUGAAACUGAAAAUCCCAGUUGGGAACCUUCGUUUCUGUUAAAGGUGCUAGUGCUGCCUAACUGUGAUCUGAAUAAGUUAUCCUCCAACAUUCCAAAGUUUCUCUUUUACCAGAAAGAACUGGAAUUGGUUGAUAUCUCUCACAAUAGGUUGAAGGGAAGCUUCCCUGUUGGGUUGAUUGAAAAUAAUACUAGAUUGCAAUUGCUAAAUCUUCGAGAUAAUUAUUUUGGGGGUCAAUUUCAUUUGCCAAUAGAUCACUGCAGUAAUCUUUCUUGGUUGGAUUUCUCUGACAAUAACUUUAAUGGCCAGCUGCAAGAAAAUAUUGGAAAGAUGAUUCCAAACUUACAAUAUCUAAAUAUAUCUCAAAAUCAUUUUGAAGGUUUUCUCCCAUCCACAAUUGGUGACAUGAGUAAUUUGGAAAAAUUGGACUUGUCCAAUAAUAAUUUUUCAGGAGAGGUGCCAAUGAAAUUGGUGGCCAAUUGCACCUCCUUGGUAGUUUUGAAGUUAUCUUAUAAUAAAUUUCAUGGUGAAAUUUUCUCAGAGGGAUUCCGAUUUUUUAACAAUAGCUUACGUAUUUUGGAAUUAAAAAACAAUCAGUUGACAGGUACUUUUCCAACUAUGGUACCAACAACUGGUAGUCACUUGGGGCUCCUUGAUAUUAGCAACAACGGCUUCUCAGGUUUAAUUCCCAGAUGGCUGGUAGGAAAUCUGCGAGAUAAUAAAUUUUAUGGUAGAAUCCCUAAUGGAGUGGGUGUGCUUCCAAAAUUAAGAAUAUUGUUGUUGAGUGGCAACAAUUUUAGUGGUGUGAUUCCAGACAAGCUGUGUUGGUUAAUGAAUAUUGCGAUAAUGGAUCUUUCCUGGAACAAUUUUUCUGGAACAAUACCGCAUUGCUUUCACGACCUAAAAUUUGAGAAGAUAGAUGCUUUUGAUGGCCUUACUGAACCAAAUUCCACUUUUUUGGAGUUCAGAGAUAUAAUUGUCCCAUAUCAAAGUAUCCUUAAGAGAAAUUUUGAAAAUUUUGAGGUAGAACGAGAGGUUGUUGCAGAAAUUGGGAUUGAGUUUGUAAUGAAAUAUAGAUCUUACUUCUACAAGGGUGGCAUUCUUGAUCUCAUGUCUGGAUUGGAUUUGUCAUUCAACAAACUAACAGGUAGCAUCCCUCCAGAGUUAGGACAACUAUCUCCAAUUCUUGCACUAAACUUGUCUUCCAAUCAGUUGACAGGUUCCAUACCAAGUACAUUCUCAAAAUUGACUCAGUUGGAGAGUUUGGACCUUUCUCACAACAAUUUGAAUGGAGAAAUUCCUUCAACAUUGAUUGAUUUGCACUUUCUAGAAGUUUUCAGUGUGGCUUACAACAACUUAUCAGGUAAAGUUCCAGACAUGAAAGGACAAUUUGGAACAUUUCAAAAUAGCAGUUACGAAGGAAAUCCAUUUCUUUGUGGACCGCCACUAGAGAAAAGUUGCGCCAGGGUUGAUAAAUCACCUCCAUCACCAAUAAAAUAUUCAAAUGCAAGUCACAGAAAAUGCUAA